UGGGCCCCCCCCCCCGGACGCCUGGGCCCCCCUGGGUGGCGCGGGGCGGCGCGGCCCGGACGCCUGGGCCCGGCGUGGGCGCGGGAACCCGUCGGACGGCUUCGCGCUCCGCCCCGCGGCCCCAUUUAAGCGGCGCCCGCCGGGGCGGCCGCUCCCCACGUUGGCUCCCGCCGCCGGGCCGGGGGGGUGGGGGUGGGGGUCGCCGCCGUCAUGGCCGCCGCCGUCAUGGCCGCCCCCGGCCUCUUCCUCGCCCUCCUCCUCCUCUUCGGCGCCCCAGGCCGCGGCUGCGACGACGACACCCGGGGCACGCUGGCCGUCCAGGCGGAGCUGACGCCGUCGGAGUGGGCCUGCGGCCGCCCCCGCCCCCCGGGGCUGCCCCGCAACGUGGGGGGCGAGGACGCGGGGCCGGGCGAGUGGCCCUGGCAGGGCAGCCUGCUCCGCCGGGGCACCCACGUCUGCGGCGCCUCCCUCAUCGCCCCGCAGUGGGUCCUCACCGCCGCCCACUGCUUCCAGGCGAGCCGGGAGCCCGGCGACUACGCGGUGCUGCUGGGGGUGCGGGAGCUGGCGGGGCCGCGGGGGGCCGGGGCGGCGGUGCCCCUGGGCCUCCUGCUGCCCCACCCGGCCUACGCCGGCGAGGCCACCAGCGGGGACAUCGCCCUGGGCCGCCUGGCGAGGCCCGUGGCCUUCUCGGCCGCCGUGCUGCCCGUCUGCCUGCCCGGCGCGGCGCUCCGCUUCGCCCCCGGCACCCGCUGCGUGGCCACCGGCUGGGGGGACAUCAAGGAAGGCGAGGACCUGCCGUCGCCGCGGCGGCUGCAGAAGCUGGAGGUGCCCCUCAUGGCGCAGGCGACCUGCCGGCGCCUCUACGGCAUCGACAUGGGCCAGGGGCUGCCGCCGCGGCGCAUCCAGGACGACAUGAUGUGCGCCGGGUACCCCGAGGGCCUCAAGGACACCUGCAAGGGCGACUCGGGGGGGCCGCUGGUGUGCCGGGCCGGGGGCCGCUGGGUGUUGGCCGGCAUCGUCAGCUGGGGCGAGGGCUGCGCCGUGCCCAACCGCCCGGGCGUCUACACCCGCGUCAGCGCCUACAGCGCCUGGCUGGCCCGCCACGUGCCCGGCCUGCCCUUCGUCACCGCCGCCGCCGCCUGUCCCGCCGCCUGCGCCGCCUGUGCCGCCGCCUGUGCCGCCCUCCCGCUGCUCCUCGCCCUCGCCGGGCCCUGACGGUGCCGCUGCGGCCGCCGGUGCCGCCGCCGAUGGUACUGCCGCCGCCGGUGCUGCCGACGGUGCCACCGAUGGUGCCAAUGGUGCCGCCGAUGGUGCCGAUGGUGCCGCCGAUGGUGCCACCGCUGAUGGUACCGAUGGUGCCGCCGCCGAUGGUGCCACCGCCGUCGGCCUCCCGCUCCUCCUCGCCGCACCGCAACAGCGCUCCCGGCGCCGCUACAACCGCCGCCGCCUGUACCAACAUGGCCGCCGUCACCCUCAUGGGGGCUUGAAACCCCCCCAGGGACCCUCUAAAUCAGUGCAGGGACCUUAUAGGGGACGUAUAGGGGUCUGAGACCCUCAUGGCAGCCCCGCGGCGCGUAUAGGGGCCCCGAAGCGCCUAUAGGGCCCCCCCCAACCUCCUGGGGGGCCCUAAGGAACAUAUAGGGGCCUUAAAAGCCCUAUAGGGCCCCCCCCAAUGCUACGGGGGCCCCCAACCCCCCUAUGGGGGCCCCAGAGGCCUUAAAGGGGGCCUAAAAAAGCAUAUAGGGACCCUAAAGAGCCUAUGGGGUCCCUGAUUUGCCCCCCCGUGGGACCCCCAAAGCGUCUUGGGGGGGGCUGAAGCCUUAUGGGGACCCCAAAACUCCUAUGGGGGACCCCAAGCCCCUAUGGGGGACCCCCAAAACCCCUAUGGGGACCCCCAAACCACCUCAAGGAGGGCCUAAAGCCCUAUGGGGACCCCAAAAAACCUAUGGGGGACCCUAAAGCUCCCCCAAACAACUUGGGGGGGGCUAUAAGCCUGUGGGGACCCCCCAAAACACCCUUUGGGGACGCCAAAAUACCCCAGUGGGACCCCAAAGUCCCCCGGGGGGGCCCAAACCCCCUAUGGGGACCCCAAAAUCCCCCGGGGGGCACCAAAAUCCCUUGGGGGGGGGAAACCCCCUCAGUGGGUCCCCAAAACCCCCAGUGGGUCCCCAAAACCCCUGUGGGGACCCCAAAAUGCCCCGGGGGACCCCAAAAUCCCUAUGGGGACCCCAACCCCCCCGGGGGGACCCCAAAAUCCCCCAUGGGGGACCCCAAAAUCCCUAUGGGGACCCCAACCCCCUCAGUGGGUCCCCAAAAUCCCUAUGGGGACCCCAAAACCCCCUCAGUGGGACCCCAAAACCCCCAGUGGGUCCCCAAAACCCCUGUGGGGACCCCAAAAUCCCUGUGGGGACCCCAAAAAUCCCUAUGGGGACAUCAAAACUCCCCUGGGGGACCCCAGACCCCCUGUGGGGACCCCAAAAUGCCCCGGGGGACCCCAAAAACCCUAUGGGGACCCCAAAAAUCCCAAUGGGGACAUCAAAACUCCCCUGGGGGACCCCGGACCCCCUGGGGGGACCCACAAAAUCCCUAUGGGAACCCCAAACCCCCCAUGGGGACCUCAAACCCCCCGGGGGGACCCCAAAAUCCCUAUUGGGACCCCCAAACCCCCUCAGAGGGUCCCCAAAAUCCCUGUGGGGACCCCAAAAAUCCCUAUGGGGACAUCAAAACUCCCCUGGGGGACCCCAGACCCCCUGUGGGGACCCCAAAAUGCCCCGGGGGACCCCAAAAACCCUAUGGGGACCCCAAAAAUCCCUAUGGGGGACCCCAAAAUCCCUAUGGGGACCCCAAAAUACCCCAGUGGGACCCCAAAGUCCCCCGGGGGGGCCCAAAACCCCUAUGGGGAUCCCAUAACCCCCCUGAGGAACCCCAAAAUCCCUAUGGGGACCCCAACCCCCCUCAGUGGGACCCCAAAACCCCCAGUGGGUCCCCAAAACCCCCCGGGGGGGACCCCAAAAACCCUAUGGGGACCCCAAAAUCCCCCGGGGGACCCCAAAACCCCUAUGGGGAUCCCAACCCCCCUCAGUGGGUCCCCAAAACCCCUGUAGGGACCCCAAAAUCCCUAUGGGGACCCCAAAUCCCCUCAGUGAGACCCCAAAACCCCUGUGGGGACCCCAACCCCCCUCAGUGGGACCCCAAAACCCCCAGUGGGUCCCCAAAACCCCUGUGGGGACCCCAAAACCCCCCGGGGGGGACCCCAAAAACCCUAUGGGGACCCCAAAAUCCCCCGGGGGACCCCAAAAUCCCUAUGGGGACCCCAACCCCCCUCAGUGGGUCCCCAAAACCCCUGUAGGGACCCCAAAAUCCCUAUGGGGACCCCAAAUCCCCUCAGUGAGACCCCAAAACCCCUGUGGGGACCCCAACCCCCCUCAGUGGGACCCCAAAACCCCUGUAGGGACCCCAAAAUGCCCCGGGGGGGACCCCAAAAUCCCUCGGGGACCCCAAACCCCCUGUGGGGACCCCCAAAUGCCCCGGGGGGGACCCCAAAAUCCCUCAGGGGACCCCAAACCCCCCCCCGGGGGACCCCAAAAUCCCCCUGAGGGACCCCAAAAUCCCCCCCCCUCGAUAUCUCCCCCCCCCAACUCUUUUCCGGGGCGGGGGGGGGGGUCGCAGUUUUGGGCCGAAAAGCGCCGAGUUCGGGCCGCGACCCCGCGGAAAGGGGGGGGGCGGGGCUGCCCGGCGUGGCCCCGCCCCCCGGGAGGGUAAAAAGUGUAAAAAAAAUUAAAAAAAAGGAAAAAAAACCGGGAAAA